AUGGUCCCUCUCCUGUCUCUGCUCGUGUGCUCCGCAACGGCCGCGCUAUCGCUCUCGACAGGCCUCCUGGAAGCUCGCCAGUCAUGGACCUUGGGAUACUGGGCCCACGAGUUUCAGAAUUACGGCUGUAAGCCUAUCAUAUUCAUCUGGGCGAAGGCCACCAUCGAGCCUGGAAAUAUGGGCCUCACCGUUGGGCCGCGGCUGUCCGACGGGCUGAAGCUGGUGUUCGGGCCUGCCAAUGUCGCGACCCAAGGGGUGGACUACUGGGGCUUCAUAGAAACCAACUUCUACCCCGGCGGCGCGCCGCCGUGGGGUAUCUUCCAGAUGCGAUUGCUGCUGAGCGCAGCAGCAGCUUGCCCUUACUCUAAGAUCGUUGCGGCGGGCUACAGCCAAGGAGCCGCUCUGACGCAUCGCGCCAUCGAGGGCCUCCCUCGCGCGGUAAAGGACAAGAUAGUUGCGGUGGUGACUUUCGGAGACACCCAGACGUGGCAGGACGGGGGUCGGAUCCGGAACUACGACACGAAUCGGACGCUCAUUAUCUGCAACGCGGGCGACGCCGUAUGCACGGGUACGCUGUACGUGUUCCCUGUGCAUUUCGACUACAUCAAGUGGGUGCCCACAGCGACCUACUACCUCACCACCAAACUGCUCGACGAUGCCGCUGUGCGCCCCUGGCCGGAUGGUUCCUUCGUAUUCCCUAACGUUACGAUCCCCGUGCAGCCCCCGAUCCCGUAUCCUCCCCAGCCAGCAGCGGUAGACGAGACGGCAGUUCUGAGGGGACUCUACGCCUCCCCUGAGGCUCUGCCGUAG